AUGAACGGCCAACCUCAACCUAAACAGACUCUCUGGGCCACUGGCUCGAUUCCGCUCCAUGCCGUGGAUCAGCCCCCCUUUACCGUUCCCGUUUCCGGUGCGACACCGGCAGCCAACGAGACGGCGCCGCGUCGGCAUCCCUCAGCCAUCCCGGAGCUGCUCUCCCGCCCGGAUCCGGAAGUCGAAACGGCGUACCACCUGGUGCGUCGUUCAGCCAUGCUCUAUGGCGAUAAGCCCGCCAUAGCCACCCGCCAGCUGCUAGGCACCAAGCCCGUUCGCCGCAAGAUCGUCCGCGGCGGCGAAGAAAUAGAGAAGGAGUGGAUGACUUACUCGUUGGGCCCGUACAAAUACAUGACGUACAGGCAGUACUCUGUGCUUGCUGCCCAGGUCGCCGCCGGUCUGCGGGCUUUGCACCUGUACCCUCGGGAGUCGCGGGUGCAUCUGUUCGCGACCACCAGUGCCCAGUGGUUGGCCAUCGCCCACGCAUGUGCCUCGCAGGCCAUCGCAGUCGUCACGGCCUACGAUACCCUGGGUGAGGAGGGUGUUGCGCUCUCGAUGCGGCAGUCGGGUGCCGAGGCCAUGUUCAUCGACCCGCACCUGCUGAAGACGGUGCGCCGGCCCUUGCUGGAAGACCAGGCUGUUCGUGUCCGCGUGCUGGUAUACAACCAGGCAAGCCAUUUGCCCAUCCCAGACGCCGAGAUGGCCGAGUUCCUCUCCUCUGCCAAAGCUGCCCGACCGGAGCUCACCAUUAUCUCCUUCGAGGAGCUCCGUGCCCUGGGCGAAGCCAAUCCUGUUGACCCCACCGUGCCCCGGCCGGACGAUACAUUCUGCAUUAUGUAUACGUCCGGCAGCACCGGCGCGCCAAAGGGUGUCCCGGUGACUCACGGCGCUUUUGUCGCUGCGGUUGCCGGGCUGCACGCGCUCAUCCAGCCGGCGGUCACCCAGGAGGAACGCGUGCUCGCGUACCUUCCGUUGGCGCACAUCUUCGAACUGGUGCUCGAAAACUUGGCCAUCUUCGUCGGCGCGACGCUCGGUUAUGGCCACCCGCGCACACUGUCGGAGCGCGACAUGGAGCCCGGCUGUCCAGGUGACAUGCGCGCGUUCGAGCCCACUGUCAUGGUGGGCGUUCCGGCGGUCUGGGAGACAGUGAGGAAAGGGAUCGAAGCCAAGGUGGCCAAGACGCCUCUGCCGUUGAGGGCUAUGUUUUGGGGUGCCGUCUGGGCCAAGGAAACCCUUCUCUCCUGGCAGCUACCCGGGGCUGGUAUUAUCGACGCUGCUAUCCUUUCGCGUGUCCGGGCCAACGCCGGAGCCUCUUACCUGCGGUUCAUUGUCAACGGGGCGAGCGGGAUCGCCCCAGCGACAAGGAGGCUUCUGUCUGUUGUUCUCGCGCCCAUGCUGGUCGGAUAUGGGUUGACAGAGACCUGCGGGAACGGGGCGCUUACCAGCCCCCUGCAGUGGGAGAUCGGGAACGAUGCCAUUGGCACAAUCCCGCCCUCUGUCGAGGUCAAGCUUGUAUCGGUGCCCGAGCUCGGGUAUUUCACCGAUCGGGAGCCCCCACGCGGCGAGAUUCUGAUCCGCGGCGGGCCCGUGAUUCGGGAAUACCUCGACAACCCGGAAGAGACUGCCGCGGCCGUGACUGUCGACGGUUGGUUCCGGACGGGCGACAUCGGUGAGUUCACGCCAACCGGUCACCUUCGCGUGAUCGACCGCUUGAAGAACCUGGUAAAGCUGCGAGGCGGCGAGUAUAUCGCGCUUGAAAAGCUCGAGGCCGUCUACCGCGGUGUGGCUUGUGUUCAGGCCGUCAUGGUCUACGGAGAUGCAGACUGCACUCGGCCCAUCGCGAUUGUGGUGCCCAGCGAACAGGCACUGCGCAGCUUGGCCAAGGGCGCCGGCGUGAAUGUCGACCGACUGACAGAGGCCGCCUUAUUGGCCGACAAAAUGGGCCUUGUCACAGCGACUCAAAAGGUCAACCGCCGGGCUCUGAAGGAGAAGUACGCCAAGCAGAUCGAGGAGUGCAUGAAGGCCCAGUAA